AUGGCCGGCCCCCAAGGUCGUAUACCGGUGUACGCCGGCGCCGAGGAUGAGAAUAUCCGGCCGCUUCUGCGCAAAGGCAAGGUAGAAGACAACGAGGAGGAGGAGGAGGAGCAGCAGCAGCAGCGCGGCCGAUCCAGUCUGUCGGAGAGCCGCAACGGACCGCCGUAUUACGGCGGCGGUGGUGGUGGGCGGUCGGCGGCCCCAUCCCAGGCGUCGACGUUUGCCGGGCGGCGGUCGAUGAUGCGUAGUCGCAGUCCGCGCGAGGUGGUGGCUGAGGACAAGGCCAAGCGCAAGUACAUGUUUGCAGCCUUCUUCCUGGGUGUCAGCCUGGUGUCGUUCUGCGUCCAGACGGAGCUGAGCUCGUACAUCCAGAACGACCUGGGCUGGGGCAAGGCGUACUGCAUGAUGUACCUGACGCACGGGUCGUGGGUGGUGCUGUGGCCGGUGCAGCUGCUAGUACUGCGGUCGCAGAAGCGGGACGUCCCCUGGGGCGUGUUCCUGCGGCAGCACUUCGAGUCGCUGCGCACCACGGCCGUCAUGGUCGAGACGCGGUCGCUGCGGGCAUACCGGCACCCAUCGUCGUCGGUGAGGCUCAACGCCGACCCCGUGCGGUACCUGGCCAAGUUCACGGCCAUCGUCACCACGGCCCUCACCGUCGCCGGCCUGAGCUGGUACGUCGCCGUGGCCCUCACGACGCCCUCGGACCUGACGGCCAUCUACAACUGCUCCGCCUUCUUCGCCUACGUCUUCUCCGUGCCGCUCCUGCACGAGCCCCUGCGCCUCGACAAGUCCGUCGCCGUCGUCAUCGCCAUCGCCGGCGUCCUGGUCGUGGCCUACGGCGGCUCCAGCUCCGGGGACGGCGACGACGUCACGGCGAGCGGCCGCUUCGUCGGGAACCUCGUCAUCGGCGUGGGCUCCGUCCUCUACGGCCUCUACGAGGUCCUGUACAAGCGCUACGCCUGCCCGCCAGAGGGCGUGUCCCCCGGUCGCGGCGUCAUCUUCGCCAACACCUUCGGCUCGCUCAUCGGCCUCUUCACCCUGACCGUCCUGUGGUUCCCCCUGCCCCUCCUGCACUGGACCGGCAUCGAGCUCUUCGAGCUGCCUACCGGCAAGACCGCAUGGCUCGUCCUCGCUGCCGUCCUGUCCAACGCCACCUUUAGCGGCUCCUUCCUCGUCCUCAUCUCGCUCACGUCGCCUGUCCUGUCGUCCGUCGCCGCCCUCCUCACCAUCUUCAUCGUCGCCCUGGCCGACUGGCUCAUCACUGCCAAGCCGCUCAGCUUCGCCGCCAUCGUCGGCGGGUCCAUGAUCACCCUGGCAUUCCUGGCCCUCAGCUUCAGCACGUAUCGUGAGAUGAAGGAGCACGAGGCCCAGAAACUGGCCGUCGACCUGUCUGAUAGUGAUGUCGAGGCUGAUGGGAGCGAUGACAAUCACGAUUAG